AUGGAUAUAAACUCAAGUGCCUCAGCGAACCCCAGACCAGAUGGUUUGCCGAUGACUAGUGGGUGUAAUUCCGGCUCUGGUAGGAUACGAAAUAGUAUCAGAUCCAUAAUCAAUCAUCCAGAGGAUAGUGCUGGAGCAAAUGAAGGUAGUGAAGCAAACAGUCACAAGAAUAAUGGCAACAAAAAACCCAGAAAGAAAAGGAAAACUUUUAGUUGUGAUACCUGCAGGAGGGUCAAGACAAGGUGCGACUUUGAGCCUUUCGUUGGAAAAUGUUAUAGAUGUAACGUUCUACAACUUGAUUGCUCCUUAGCUAGAAAUAAAGACGAUGAAAUUUUAAAUACACUACGUGAAGAUGGUCUACUGAAGAAGAUUAACUCGAUUAAUCCUAACCUUAGUUCGUUCCCCCAUUUGAGUGCGGAUGCUUCAAGCGAAAGUCAAAAUAGUGUUGGAAAGAACGAAAUGGCCACUAUUGAUAGUUGCAUGAUCAAUAAAAGGCUUUCAUCAUUAGAAGAUUACUUAAAAUCUCUACACCAGAAAAUGGACUUGAUAAUUACCACAGCAAAGCUCUCGGAUAACGGCAAUACCAAAGACCCAAGAAAUGAUGUUCAGAACGUGGAGUUCAGCUCGAGUAACACAUAUGAUAGCUCUAUGACUUCGAGCGCAAAGACAGUAAGGAAAACAGGGGAGUAUAUCAAGGAAAAUCUUUUCUUGAAUGGAUUCAAGUUGAAGGAAUCUCCUUUGAAAUUGCUACAUGAUAUUGAUGAGAGGUUAUUUCCAUCGAAGGCCACAUCUAAAGCUGCGAAGCUAGCUGGGCAGCAAAGGCCAUAUGCCGUUGCAAGAGUGAACUUUCUCCAUUUUUAUGAGAAUAAUCAAGAAUUAUGUCAUAAACUUGCGAAAGAAUUUCUGGUAAGAUCGCAUUUCUGGAUUAUUCCAGGCGGGAGAAAAGAAAUAGAUGUGGAAUAUGCACAUUCUCACCUAUUCAUUACAAGUGUAUUUACUAUUAUCGCUAUGAGUUUUGCUGACAAUGAUAAAUAUGCUGCGGAACAAGAAAUAUUGUAUCCCUUGGUGGAGAGGUUAUUAACUAAUACUCUAACCAUGUUUGAAAAGUUAACAGCGUUUGAUAUUGAGGCUAUUUUAUACUGCUGUAUGUUCCAUAUUUCGCGAAAGGCGAAGAGAUAUAGGCAACUGAAAUUUAAUUCUCUGGUACUAAGCAAUUUUGCGCUCAAUAGUUUGUUACAUGUAAUAGAUUUUUAUCAGAUAAAGGACAGGGUUUUGGUGAAAGAAGUAUAUAACCCCGAAGAUCUUUAUCACCUAAGAAUUUUAAACUCUUUAACCGCCUGCUAUUUAGAAUAUUCUAUUAGUUAUGGCGAUAUUAGGGAGCAGGAUGACAUGCUUAAAGAAUUUAAUAAGCUUGUGGCCAAAUUUCCUCAGGCGAAUUUUGGUGAUGACAUUAAAAUCAGCGAGAUAAACUUAGGUGACAUUGUAAACGGAAUCUUCAUGAACCUUAAAAAUUAUUUUACACAGUAUUUGAAUGAGUUUAAUAAUGACAGGCAUGGAGAUAACACGAAUACCCUUGUCUUCGUUUUUCCAGAGCUAAAUUAUUGGCUGAAAAACUGGGAAGAGCUCUUAGCAAAGGAUGGUGCGGGCGUCCUAUUGUUUACGUUUGAUUUUUAUCAUAUCAUGAUAUGUCGUACUUUUAUCACAGAAUUUCCUUCCACCCUAAGAAGCAACCAAGGGUUUCUGAAACUGAUUCUCAAUACGAUGAAAGAACAUUCAUUUUCGCUGUUGAAAGGAUUUUUAAGACUACCGCCAACAUUAAUAAGGGGUGCUCCUAUUUUUACUUGCCAUCAACUGGUUUACGCCUGUUUAACCCUUUGCGACUAUCUUUAUUGGUUCGACUCUUCUGAACAUCAACACGUUUUAAGUCUUUGUACAAAAGUGUAUUGGCAUUUGAGUACUAUAGGGGAAAAAAUGAAUGAAGCUACUGAUAAUGUCGGAAAAAUUAUAAAAUCUAUCAUUGAUACUAGUAAAACUCGUAUCAACUUUGGUAAUCUCCCAAAAGAGAAUGGCGAUAAUGAUACAAUUUUGUCUAGUGCCAGUAACAGCAUGGGAGCAGAAAAUUUGCACGCCGUAAAACCCGCUACUUCACACACUAAUAGUGCUGCUUUACAUGAGAGCUUAUCUAGUAGCCACUUCAUGAUUCCUGACGUCGACCAAUUCAAUUCCUUUGAAGACUUUUUCCAAGACUUUUUUGAUAGUCUAAAACCAAAUUCUCAAAAAAUGUUCAGUAGCAAUAAGAAGACCGAACAAACCACUUGA